UCUAUCUUACUCUCACAACUCUUUUUUGGAGAAAUUUUCUUCAAUUUCGAAUCUUUCUUUGUGGGUUUGUUAAACUAUUCAAAGAUUUUGAUUUUGAGUUAGGUAUUGAGUAACAAUAAGGUGAGAUAUGGAGCACGGUUCGUUCACGAAUGAUAGUCAUGCUUCGUUUACUUUAUCGGAAGAAGAUCACACACUUGCUAACGCUGUUAGAUUCGUCUUAAACCAAGAUCCGAGAGUAACCGUGGCUGCAUACACCAUCCCACAUCCUUCCCUUGAACAGGUCAAUAUCCGGGUCCAGACAACAGGUGAUCCGGCAAGGGAAGUUUUCAAAGAUGCAUGUCAAGAACUUAUGCAAAUGAACAGACAUGUGAGAAGCGUUUUUGAUAAGGCUGUUACUGAGUAUAAGGCUGCUAAAAAGCUAAAGGAGGAGGCUGAAGAAGAAGAGCUUAAGAGGCAGAGGGAUCUAUUUGGGUCCAUGGACAUUGAAAGCAACUGAUUUUAUAAAAUUAACAAUUGUAUUUUCUCUAAGGAGUUUUAUACUGUUUUUUUUUUUAUCUUAAAAUUCAGAUUUGUCCUUAAAAUUGACUCUAAUUCGCAAUCCAUAUCCUUUCUAAUAAUGUAAUUAAGGGCCAAGGGAAAGGCCUUUCCUUCUCC